AGAUGUUAUCCGGAAUUGCAUAAUCGACGAACAGUUUCACGUCUAGUUUAGGAAACUCGAUCCGCUUUGAGAAAAUGUCCAAUCUGGCCAAAGUCCCUUUCCUAACAGGCGUUAGACGAUUGUUCUAUUUAGUGUCAGUAAACGAAUCUUCGUUUAAAGAUGUGGAAGAGGUUCCUCUUUACAUCAACGAAGCUACACCUUUCUUCUUUGUGUGUAUGUUCCUGGAAAUGGCAGUUAUGUGGUAUAAAAAGGACAAACAAAUCAGAUUCAAUGAUGGGGCCACAUCUCUCUUUGCUGGACAGUAUUCCAGAUUCCCAAUAAUCCUUGGUCUGACAUCCUUCUCUUUUACUGGAUAUGUUUGGGUGUAUGACAACUACAAUAUUUAUGAACUGCCUUGGGAUUCGGCCUGGACUUGGUGGCUCUGCUUCCUUGCAGUGGAUUUUGCAUUUUACUGGUUUCACAGAUUGGCACAUGAGGUAAAUUUCAUGUGGGCUGCCCAUCAAGUACACCACAGUUCUGAGUACUGCAAUCUGACAACAGCACUGAGACAAUCGGUACUUCAGAUAUACACUUCUUGGGUAUUUUACCUUCCUCUUGCUUUAUUUAUACCACCCUCCAUCUUCAUGGUUCAUAAUGAGUUGAAUAUAUUGUUCCAGUUUUGGAUCCACACUCAGUUCAUAAAAUCACUGGGUCCGCUGGAAUAUAUUCUCAACACCCCCAGCCAUCACAGAGUUCAUCAUGGAAGAAAUCCUUAUUGCAUAGAUAAAAACUAUGCUGGCACACUCAUCAUAUGGGACAGAUUGUUUGGCACCUUUCAAGCUGAGGAUGAAGAGGUUGUGUAUGGGUUGACACACCCAAUCAAUACAUUUGAUCCAAAUGUCAUUCAGUUUGGAUGUUUGAAGUACAUGAUUGAGAGGUUCAGUGAGGUGAAGGGAUGGAAAAACAAGCUGAGAGUAGUGUUCUGUGGGCCAGGAUGGGCUCCAGGCAAACCAAGAACUGGAGAUAUCAAUGAUAUUCCUGUGGUGAAAGCCCCAUGGCCCCAGUAUCACAUGAACCUCCCAAGCUGGGUCAGCGUAUAUGCAGCAGUACACUUCACACUGGAACUUUUCUACUAUCAGGAAGUGACAGCUAGGAGUGCGGGCCUGUCUCAGUUGUCCAUUUUGCUUUUUCUCCUCCAUAUUGGAUUUUGCCUGACCUGCUUUGGAAAGAUUUUUGAUAAUGAUCCAUCUGCUCCUCAGUACGAGCUUCUAAGAUGUUUCCUGACGUUAUGUGGUGAUGUUGCCUUGUGUCACUAUGGUUUCUAUGGAGCCCCUGGUUACAGACCCACCUUUGUCAUAUUUCUACAAGCAGUGUUUAUGUUCUCUCUCUGCGUGUGGUCGUCUGUCAUUUACAACACCGUCACGAAAACCAAGAAAGUAGACUAGCUUCUGUGUUUAUUCUGCACAAUGCAUCAAAGUUCUGUGAUAGUUCUCAUGAGGCAAUUUAUGUUUCUUAAAUAUUUCAAACAUAUCGGUGAUAAAGAUUUUUUUGUUUAUAUUUAUGUGUAUUACAUACAUGUAUAUGUCAUAUGUUGAUUUCAUUGCUCUGCAGAUAUAGAUACCGAUUGUAAAGUUUUAGUCUAUUGAAGGAGACAAUCUGGUUUUAAUAGCAAUUAGAUGACAAGCAUAAUGUGGUUAAAUGAGUUUAAACUUGAUUGUUUCAUUCUUUAAUAAAGAUGGUGCUUCUAGUAUUUUGAUAAAUACAUUUAUAUGAUUGUAUUAAUUAUUAACAAUAAAGUUUUGUUAUGAAAUUUA